CACAUUCACCUGGGUUCUUCAUUCAAGCUCUUCAUAUGUACUUAUGGCUCAUCCGACAGAACGUCUCUAUCACAAACUACAUAAGGAAGAUCACCGUGUUGGGCUGGGUGUUUUCGUCUCCAGCUGUUAUUGCUGUUGUUUCUGUAGGAGGAUAUAACAAAGUGACCCUAACCGCAUCAUCUGGGAAAAUUGCACAAAUGUGCUGGAUUACAAACCCUUUCAUUCACUAUGUACUGAACACUGGAUACUACAUCUUCGUUUUCAUCUUCACAAUAGGAAUCUUCAUCACUAUCCUUACUAGGAUUAUCCAGUCCAGACACAUAAGAGCGACUGAGGGCAAGAGACAGACGUUCAGAAAGCAGCUGAUGAUGGUGUUGAGUUUGUUUCUUCUGUUCGGUCUGACGUGGGCUGUUGCGUUCUUCAGUUAUGGACCGAUGCUCAUUCCCUCAUAUUACAUCUUCUGUGCACUCAACUCUUUUCAGGGGUUUUUCCUCUUCUUGUAUUACUAUCACAUUCACAAGGAUGUUGCUGGUCAUUUUUCAGAUGACCCGAAAAGCUCCGGCUCCAUCACAACUAUUGUUCCACCAAACAAACACCAAUAAUAACGCUGAGGAACAUGUUUACGACGAGGCUCGUUAAGACAGAAAAUACACCCUCUCUCAUUUU